ACAAUAGUAUCGGGAACAUUACACAUAGUAUGUUGCGAUUGUUAUUGUUUUUUGUCGCGGUAGGACUGGUUGCCGCCAGUCCAGCCGUUGUAAGGACCAGAAAGGACAUUGAAGAUUUCAGGCAGUUUCUGGAAGGGAUUCGGAAAGGUAACGGAAAUCGCGAGCAAUUCCUAGCAAGAAAGAAGGCUCUACCCAACGUAAAUGAUGAAGAACUGAGCGGCAAGUACCAAGGAGAUAUAGUCCUGGAUGAGCAAGACUAUGAGGUCAUGCUGCAAGAGUAUGCAGUUGGAAGGGCUGCCUAUAGUUCCUCUUCGAUCACUAGCUGGCCUGAUAAUACGGUCAUUUUUGAAUUUGCUGAUGGAUGGUUCGAUGAUGCACAGAAAGCAGCAAUUUGGGAUGCCGCUAGGGACAUUGAAGCACACACUUGCGUGAAAUUCCGAUAUAAAACUGCAUCGGACACCGUCUACGCUAAAAUUACCGGUGAACCAAGCGGCUGCUACGCAAACGUAGGCUACAGGCCAUCUCGAGGAGCUCACCAGAUGAACCUUGCACGCGAGUCUGUGGGCGUCGGCUGCUUCAGACACGCGACCAUCGUGCACGAAUUCAUGCACAUCCUCGGCUUCUUGCAUAUGCACACCACUUACAACAGGAAUGAUUACGUUCAGAUCAAUGAACAGAACAUUACACCAGGAAGUGAACACAAUUUCGAUUUGUACGGCCAAUCGAGAGUGGAUAACUUGGGCGUUGAUUACGACUACGUGAGCUGUAUGCACUACGGAGCUUACUCGUUCACGGCUAACGGUGCACCUACAAUUGUGCCAAGGGAGAGGAGCGUUAUGAACGACAUGGGUCAACGACAGUACAUCACUGACAAGGACUGGCUUCGCAUCAACAGAUAUUACAACUGCCCAGGCGCAUGGGACUGAACUUCAAGACAACGGACUAAUUUAACUAAUAUAAUCUUAACUUAAA